AACAUCGCCACUGAACUAUAUAUUCUUUUAAAUCAUUGCAAUCACGAUUCGCAAGCAAUUUUGAUUACAAAAAAAACAUGGCGUCCGCCUCAGUACUGUCGGAAUACAAAGCUCCAAUAUCUGCUCAUUUUAGUCCUUAUGAUUUUAAUGGAGGGACUGUUUUAGCCAUUGCUGGGAAUGACUUUGCACUAAUUGCAACUGAUACUAGGUUAAGUCAGGGCUUUGCAAUUCAUUCAAGAGAAUGUCCUAAAACCUUUACAUUAACAAACAAUACAAUUUUGGGAUGUUGUGGUUUCCAUGGAGAUGUUUUGACACUGACUAAAACACUAGCAGCAAGACUGCAGAUAUUUGAAAAAGAUCACAACAAACCCAUGCCAACUGCUUCAAUAGCUGCCAUGCUCUCCACUAUACUGUACUACAGAAGAUUUUUUCCAUACUACACCCACAAUGUGGUGGCUGGCUUGGAUGAAGAGGGAAAAGGCUGCGUCUACAGUUUUGAUCCUGUUGGUUGUUAUGAAAAAGAGUCAUUUAGAGCAAAAGGGUCAGCCUCAGCCAUGUUGCAACCACUGCUGGAUAACCAGAUUGGAGGUAAGAACCAGAACGGGUACACUGCUCAGUCUCUCACAUCCACACAGUGUGUUGCUUUAGUCAAGGAUGUCUUCACAUCUGCUGCAGAGAGAGACAUCUACACUGGAGACAACAUAAUUAUAUCUGUGGUCAACAAAGAUGGCAUCAAAUCAGAGAAGUUCCCGUUGCGACGAGACUAGUACAUUUGUUAGCACAGGCUUUUGUCAUACAUUAUGUAUUGUAUUCUUAAACAUUGCGUUUCAAAGAUUAAACACUUCAAACAUUUUCCACAGCUUA